GCCGAAAGCGCACCGUUCACUUGGGACGCAGAGCGCCUUUUGUUGCUCCCGCGGCGGGGGAGUUCGGCGGCGCUAGGACCCGGCGGACCGGGCUCGCACGCGGAUUUUUCCUCCUCCUCCUCCUCCUCCUCCAGAGAAAGAGCGAUGGCGGCCCGUUAGCGGCGCGUGCAGGCGGCGGGGCUGGGACUGCGCCGAACGCACCGGGGCCAUGGGGGGCGGCGCGGCCUGGCCCCCUGCGUGAGGCGCGCCAGGCCCGCGCGUCCCCUCCGAGCGCGGCGCGGCCCUGUGGCGGCGAAAGCCGCUCGCCCUCCUCCCGCCCGGCCGGUGCCGGGGCAUCCCCCCAGGCCAGGGCGCGGCGGCGGCCAUGGCCACCGAGCUGGAGCCCCCCGCCUCGGGCGCGGCGCCGCUGGAGGCGGAGGAGGACGAGGAGCACUGGUUGUACGGGGAUGACACCACUGGUAAGCAAGAAGAUGGACCAAUUGCUGGACAUGCAGAAUCUUCUCAUCCUUUGCAAGAUGCUCCUCAGGAGAGCCGGCCUGUCACCAGUGAAGACCGAGAGAUGUCACAACAUGCCCCUCCAAGUGGUGAAGAUGAUGAGGAAGACAGUGAUAGCGACAGUGAUGAUGAUGAUGUGAAAGUUACCAUUGGCAACAUUAAAACAGGAGCACCAUCCUACAUGGGGACUCCUAUGAAUCUGAACUUAAAAACAGGUAGAGGCUAUGGAACCUCCUCUUCAGCCAAGUUGCAGCCCAAAGGUAUUGAUCUAGAUGCCACAGGGAAUAUAAAUGGAUUGCCUGUAAUAGAAGUGGAUUUAGAUUCGUUUGAAGACAAACCGUGGAGGAAACCAGGUGCUGACCUUUCGGAUUACUUUAAUUAUGGAUUCAAUGAAGAAACAUGGAAAGCUUAUUGUGAAAAACAGCGACGGCUUCAGCUUGGACUGGAUCCCUCUCCACCUAUCAGCAGUGAGAAUAAGAUCACAGUUCAGCAAGGAAGGACAGGAAAUUCAGAGAAAGAACCAGAGAACAACGUUAUCAAAACGGAAUUCAAAACGGACUUUGUGGCUCUGAUAGGAGGACGGAUGAAGGCUGGGCCUCCACCAAAUAGGAAGCUGGGUGGGACAAUUGAUGUGAUUGGUGGACAGGCAGGCACUAUUAGGAGGGUAGAAGGAAGACGCCGCGAUAAACACGCCUCAGAGGAAAAUCCCAUUCAGGUUCUUGGAGAUCAUGGAAAUAAGCCACAACCCCCGCAGCAGCCCCAGCAACCAUCACAGCCACAACAGCCACCUCAGCAACAGCCGUUUGUACCACCAGCAGGUCCCCCACCUCCCCCAAUUGCUGGGCCACCCCCACCACACUUUCUCCACCCUCCCCCUCCAGUUACUUCUGUCCCACCUCCUCUGCAUCCUCCAGGCUUGCCACCACCAGGUCCCAUUCCAGGGCUGUUCCCUCCACCUCUGGCUCCUCCACCAGCUCUCCUCAUUCCAACACUUGAUGGCCAACCUGCCGGCUACAAUAACAGGCAGCCUCCACCAUUUGGAUACAGCUCUGCAGAUUCUGGUUUCAUCAGCUACCCUCCGAUUUCCACGUCUCACACGCCCUGGGUGACGACAGUGGAUAAGGGCACAAGCAGCUCCAGCAGCAGCCACUGGGAGUACUCCAGCUCAAGGCGUGAGAGAGAAAGGGAGCGGGAAAGGGAAAGGGAGAGAGACAGAGACCGGACUCCAACCACCAGUGAAUACAACAACAGCUCCCCUUACCUCACUGUAUGCUUGUCUCUCCAUCAAAGUGACGACGAGCGAUAUCGCUACUACAGUCGAGAGCGAAGUUAUGAUUUUGAGCGGGAUUAUCGCAGAAGUAGAGAUCGGAGCAGAGAGCGGGAGGAUCGCCACCGGGAGCGCAGGCACAGAGAGAAGGAGGAGAGCAGUAAACAUAAGUCUUCAAGACGUAAGCAGCACGAGAGUGAAGAGGGUGAAAGCCACCGGCGCCACAAGCACAAAAAGAACAAGCGCAGCAAAGAGGAGAAGGAGGCCAGUGAUGACGGCGUCGCAGAGGGAGAUGAACAAGAUGCUAAGGAGUAACUGCCCCCAGCUGUCCUUUAGGAGGGACUUGCUCCUUUGUGAGCAGCAUGGCAUCUAACUUUAUUUUCCAAGGGAAGCAGAGAUGACUCUGGUGGCCAAGUAUUGAAAUGCAAUGUGACUGCUCAAGCGUUAAGGCUGAACACACAGUUAAACUUGGAUACGAGACAAAGUAUGGCAGUAAUAGUAUAUACAGCACUGAGCUACUCUUCUUGUAAACGACCCUAGAAGAACUUCAUUGUAUCAGAUCCUAUGGUUUCUGAUGAAAGACAGCUUCAGCUGAAACUAAUGUAUUUAGGUGAUAGGGUUUUUUUGCGCAACCAUGGUUCCUUUUUUUAAAAAGUAGGACAGUAACUGCAACUUGAACUUUAUUGUCCAAAGAAAAGUGUGAUUUAGGUCCUCUGUGAGCCAGCUUAGAAUCUGGCAUCAGUUAGUGAAAGUGUCAUCCCCCAAAUCCAUUUCCUCAUAGCUAUGAAAGUAUCUUUCAUUCAUCCAUGACAGGAUUGGCAGCAUAUGGAAAGGAACUACUUUACAGGUGUGUCAUUUGAACCUGCUUUGGUCUAAUGGCUUUUAAAAGGUAGGGCUUUCAGAGAUUUCAAACCCAGCUUUUUUUUUUAAACUGAUUGAGAAUGUAGUUCUACCACAUGUUAUACCUGUAAAUGGAAAGUCAUGUUCUGUGGAAGACUGUGGUGAGAGCAGGAGUUUCUUUUUUUAAUUAGUUUGGAUUUUUUUUUUUGGUAACAAUUGAGAUAAAUAAUCUAACACCUUGGGGAACAUGCAGUUUGACAUUGGGUUUACUUAUUUAUAUUCAGCAUCACUAAUAUACCUGUGAAAUGCAUUUCCCCCCCCCCCCCCAAGAUCUCAGAAUAAAUGCAAAUCAAAUUUCAUGCUCUGUUUGAUGUAGGGGUUUUUUCGUUUUUGGGUUUUUUUUAAAAAACAGAAACUUCUCAGUGGAAAGUGGGGGUUUGUUUUGUAUACCUGGUUCUUAAACAGAAUACUGCACUUGUUUGUGUGAAUCCACAAGUCUCAUUUUAAAUAUCUUCCACUUCUAUGAAUUGAUAUUUAAAAAUGUCUUAAAUCCUUCCCCAAAAUAAGAUGGUUUUGAAAUUUUACAUAUGAUUUUUUUGUACUGUAGUUAUGCAAGUCUGAGUGUUGUGUGAAGCUUACAACCUUUGAAACUUGAGCCAGUACAGCAUGAUAUCCGUUUGUAUGCUAUGACACUGCAUUUGAUGGGUCUUUAACUACAAAACCUGUGGGGAGCAGAAUAAAGCAAUUUUUUUUUGUAAAUGUGGAUUUUAAAAACUUUUUCCAUUGUUUUGAAGCAACAGAAUGGUAUGAAGUGCACACUGAAGGCACAAGAAAAAAUCCAUCCCUUGUUAAGUGUAUUUACUCCCUUUUCAGUGCUCUGUAAAGCCAUGCCUCAACUUUAACAGAACAGUUUGGCUCUGGUGAUGAGAUCUAUGGAGUAUUUCAUGUUAUCAUUUAGGAGUCAGACCAGGUCAGUAGUGAUUAGCUUUUGUGGUGGUAAUUGUCUAAUUCUUAAUGUACAAGAGGUCAGGUUGGCAGAGCAGCCCAGCACUUGGAGUUCAGGCAUACUGGGGAAAGCAGUACAAGGAUCACUUUGUAUUAGCACUGCUCUGGCUCUAGAGUGAACGCUUCAUUUUCUAGCCAUGUUCAUUAGGCAACUUUCAUGAGCGCUGAGUUUAUUCAUUUUUGGAGAGGAUAAGUGUUACUAAGAGUUGGGGG